AUGCGAGAGAAAGGGAUCUACGUCGACAUCGACGUUGACAGCGUGACAUUACGGUUUCUGGUCGACACCGGCUCGUCUGUUUCACUUCUGAGUGAAGAUAUCUUCCACAAGCACUUCGCUGGCCGCUCGCUGACUGACGCGACGGUGACGCUGCUGGAUUAUUCCAAAAAGCGCAUCCCAGUGAAAGGCUGUUUUUUAACUGACGUGGCCUACAAACACACACGCACGUGUGUUCUGUUUCAUGUUGUACAGCGUGGCAAGUCACUUCUUGGACUGGAUGCCAUUCAGAACCUGCAACUGAACAUCCACGGCGACACGCUCAGUUGUCUACAAACUGUCGCGCACUCAGCGGAAUUGCUGCCAGUGAAUUUACGCGGUGAAUUCUCACAUCUUUUUUCGGGCGAGCUUGGCCUGGCCAAGGGCUUCGUCCAUCAAGUCAAGUUCCUGAACCAAAGAGGAAUCAAGCACUGUGUCUCGUCGGUAUACUACCCACAGGCCAAUGGGUUGGUCGAACGAUUCAACAGGAGUCUGAAGGACUUUAUUCAAGUUGCAGUUUUGGAAGGACGACCGCUUAAAGAAGCCGUCGUGGACUACUUGGGCGUAUAUCGAUCUACCCCACACUCAACCACAGGAGUGUCUCCUGCUCAGCUCCUCCACGGUCGUCAACCAAGGACCCGACUUGACAUCAUGGGCCUUCCGUCAAAGAACUUCUUCCAGGAGCCAGCCACGGCAAUGGAACAGUUACGAGCUCGUGUCCAAAGCAAGCAGCGCUCGACGAAGGAGUAUACAGAUGCAAAAAGAAGUGCCAAAACUCCAAAAUUCAAAGAGGGAGAUUUCGUACGGGUUCGUAAACCCACAAAAGGCGGUAAGGAUGAGCUAUCAUAUUCCCGACCACUGAAAAUACAAAAACAGGUGGGUUCAUGCACUUUCCGCUUGGAAGACGGACGCAGCUGGAAUGCCUCCAAGCUGGUGGCUGUGCCUGAGGAGUGCGUCACGGAAAGAAGUAAACGGUUGCUACACUUGCUACCCGUUCCUGGAGAUCAAGAGCAGUCAGCCAGGAGAACAGUCUCGGACAACCAAGGCGAAUACUCCGUUGGGGAGAAUCGCGAAGCUUUGGCAACACCAUGUCCAAGUUUCUGGAGGCGCAGACUUGGUUGA